GUACAAACGUAUACUUGAGACUCAGGUAGCCAGGACAAGGACGACGUAGAAGGAGAAGCCGGUAGUUAUUGUCUGUUUUGCACGAGCACCGAACAUUUUGUUGAAAAAUUCUAAAAAUCAUGCCGCUUAAAGUUGGAAUUAAUGGAUUCGGACGUAUCGGUCGUCUUGUCCUUAGGGCAGCCUUGGACAAAGGAGUUGAUGUUGUUGCAGUCAAUGAUCCUUUUAUUGACCUUGACUAUAUGGUUUACAUGUUCAAAUAUGAUUCAACUCACGGAGUUUUCAAUGGGGAGAUUAAAAUUGAUGGAGGAAAACUGGUGAUCAAUGGGAAGGCUAUGUCCGUAUAUUGCGAACGGGAUCCAGCUAACAUUCCCUGGUCCAAGGAUGGUGCUGAAUACAUUGUCGACUCUACAGGGUGCUUCACCACUCUUGACAAAGCAGGGUCUCAUAUGAAAGGAGGUGCAAAGAAAGUCAUCAUCUCUGCCCCCUCAGCUGACGCACCCAUGUUUGUUUGUGGUGUCAAUGAAGGAAAGUACUCCAAAGACCAGAACAUCGUCAGCAACGCAUCCUGCACCACAAAUUGUCUUGCCCCUCUUGCAAAAGUGAUUCAUGAGAAAUUUGGAAUUGUUGAAGGAUUGAUGACAACAGUCCAUGCGUACACAGCCACCCAGAAGGUUGUGGAUGGCCCAAGCAACAAGGAUUGGCGUGGUGGUAGAGGUGCAGCCCAAAACAUCAUCCCCUCCUCAACUGGAGCUGCCAAGGCUGUCGGAAAGGUCAUCCCAGAUUUGAACGGAAAAUUGACCGGAAUGGCUUUCCGCGUACCAGUUCCAGAUGUUUCCGUUGUUGAUUUAACCUGCAGAAUCAAUAAAGGGGCAUCAUACAAUGAUAUUAAGGCAGCCAUCAAGGCAGCCUCUGAGAAUGAAUUGAAAGGCAUUUUGGGAUACACAGAAGAUGAUGUUGUUUCCCAGGAUUUCCGUGGAGACAAGCGAAGCAGCAUUUUUGAUGCAAAGGCUGGCAUUGCCUUGAAUGACAAUUUUGUGAAGCUCGUGUCUUGGUACGACAAUGAGUUUGGAUACAGCUUCCGAGUGGUGGAUCUUAUCCAGCACAUGUACACAGUAGACAACAAAUAACUGUAACAGAGAUCCUUAAUCUGUCAUUACUUGUAAUGACUUGUUACUUGUUAUUGAUACUUUAUAUCAGUAUAUGUAGUUCUGGGUCAAAUCAACAGAAAUCUGUAAACUAUCGUGUGGAAAAACUGGUGCAUAAUAGAUUUUGCUACAUUUGCUUUUGUUAGGGUUAACUCACUUAUAUUGAGACCUGUACUUUUGUUGUACAUUCAUUUUUGUUGCAAAUAAAAAUAAACGCUUUUCCCUUAA